AUUUAUUUAUUGACAUUAAUUAAAGUUUAUUAACUAAUAAUAACUAAAUUUAAUUAAUAAAUAAUAGCAAUAAUUAACGGUUUAAUAAAAUAUAUACUUGUGUUUAAAUUUACAGUAUAUUUGGUCUAAAAACUCACUUUUUGUUUACCACUAAUUUUUUUUAAAUUACCAGUAAUUUGUUUGUGUAAUAGUAAUAGUUAUUAUUAGUUAAUAAUAAUUAAAUACAGUGUUUUAAUAAAGCGAUGAAUUCAUUGAAAUUAAGCAAAAGUUUACAACAAAUAUAUCGACGAAAUAAUUGGCAAAAUGUCAACACUUUUCAGACGUUUAUCCGAAAUCAGUCCAAUGCGGCGAAAGUGGCCGCCGAUGGCGACCCUAAGGCCAAACGCGAGCGCCGGGCGGCUGAGACCACCCAAUCAUUUGUGAUGAACCUGUUCUGCGGCGAAGGCAAAGUGAUCCAACAGUUCCCAUACCCGCAAGUGCUCGACGCCGAAGAGAUCCAAAUGGUAGAGAUGGUGACGGAGCCCAUGACUAAGUCGUGGAAACCGGAGGACGCCCUGAGGUUUGAGGAGAAUCACGCGUACGACGAGAAACUGUGGACAAUGUUGAAGGAGAUGGGCUCGUUUGGCAUACAAGUGCCCCCAGAGUACGGCGGCAUCGGUUUCAAUAACACACAAUACGGCCGUUUGGGCGAAAUCAUGGGUCGCUAUGACCUCAGUUUGGGUGUCGCGUUGGGCGCCCACCAGUCCAUCGGGUUUAAGGGUAUACUACUGUACGGCACCGACGCCCAGAAGAAGAAAUGGUUGCCAGACUUGGCCGCCGGCAAAAAGAUUGCCUGUUUUUGUUUAACGGAGCCGUCGGCCGGUUCGGACGCGAGUGGUAUCCAAACAAAGGCCGUCCUUUCAGCCGACGGCAAACACUUUGUAAUGAACGGCUCGAAGAUCUGGAUCUCGAACGGAGGCAUUGCCGACAUAUUCACAGUAUUCGCCAAAACACCCGCAGCGGACGGCGGCAAAGACAAAGUGACAGCGUUUGUGGUCGAGAGGGGUACGGGCCUGACCUCAGGGCCGCCCAACAAGAAGAUGGGUAUAAUGGCCUCAAACACUACCGAAGUAUUCUUCGACAAUGUGAUGAUUCCCGUGGAGAACGUGUUGGGACAGGUGGGCGGCGGCUUUAAAGUGGCCAUGAAUAUACUGAACAAUGGCCGGUUCGGUAUGGCCGGCGCACUCGCAGGUUCAAUGCGGACGUGUAUAGAGAAGGCCACAGAACACGCCAACACCCGAACCCAAUUCGGUCAAAAGUUGUCCACUUUUGGUGAUAUUCAGGAGAAGAUCGCGCGCAUGACUCUUAAGCAUUACGUCACCGAAUCCAUGGCUUAUAUGCUCAGGUAUUUACACAUACCAUUCCCUUCUCUCAUAAUAGAAGCCUAA